AUGCCCGGCGAAAAGGAGAUCGUCAGCCACGAGGUCGGCCUCGACUCGAGCCUCCAGGAUGACCGCGACAUGGAGCGUCUGGGAAAAGCCCAGCAAUUCAAGCGUAACUUCCGCUUCUAUUCCAUCCUCGGUUUCACCACCACUCUCAUGGCCAGCUGGGAGUCUAUUCUGCUCACGAGUACUUAUGGCCUGAUUGAUGGAGGCCGCGCCGGCAUGGUUUAUGUCUAUAUUGGCUCCUUUGUCGGGUUCUUCUCCUCCGUCAUUUCCAUGGCCGAGAUUGCUUCUAUGUGGGUGCUCUUUCCGAGCGAUGAGACUGGGUCUCAACACGCGAUGCGCCAGGACGAACCAUCUAACCAUCAUAUUUCUACUAGUGCGCCGACUUCUGGUGGACAAUAUCAUUGGGUCAGUGAAUUUGCGACUCCGCGAUUUCAGCGUUUUCUGAGCUACAUCACUGGCUGGUUGUCGGUGCUGGGAUGGCAGGCAGCCUUCGCUAGUAUUUGCUUCCUCUGUGGUACGCUGAUCCAGGGCUUGCUCGUUUUCAACUACUCCGGCCCCACCGGCUAUGUCUACGUCGACGAACGCUGGCACGGAACCCUCCUCACCAUUGCGAUUGCCACCGUCGGCACUCUGGUCAACACAUACGGCGCGCGCCUGCUCCCGCCGCUGGAGGGCGUCAUUCUGUUCCUACACCUGGGUGGAUUCCUGGCUGUCCUCGUCCCUAUGUGGGCGAUGGGCCCGGCCAAGGCCUCCGACUAUUCCGUGUGGAACGAAUUCACUAACUCCGGUCAAUGGUCCAGCAUGGGACUCGCCUGUCUCGUCGGCCAGCUGACCCCCAUUUUCUCCUGGACCGGUCCUGAUGCCGCGACGCACAUGGCCGAGGAGGUGCAAAACGCCGCCUUUGUCGUGCCCUGGUGCAUGGUCUCGACCGCCCUGAUCAACGGUGGUCUCGGCUUCAUCAUGCUGAUCACUCUUCUCUAUAACAUGGGUGAUAUGCAGAGUGUCCUGUCCCCAGCGAGCGGCUUCUCUUUUCUCCCCGCCGUCGAACAUGCGACAGGUUCCAAGGCCGCUACCAAUGGUGUCGCUGCCAUCAUCCUCAUCAUGGAGGUCUGCAGUGCGAUCAGUAUUCUCGCGACCGCCUCGCGUCAGACCUUUGCGUUUGCUCGUGACAACGCUCUUCCCUUCUCCGGCGCCCUCGCUCACGUCAACAAGAGCCUUCGGAUUCCCGUCACCUCCGUCAUCGUCUCGACCAUGAUCACCGUGUUGCUGUGUCUGAUCAACAUCGGUUCGACCGCUGCCUUCAACGCCAUUGCCUCAGUCAUGAUUGCGGCUCUGUUCAGCACCUACAUUUUGUCGAUCGGGGCCUUCAUUCGCGCGCGCAUGUUGCCCGGCGGUCUCCCGCCCACCCGCUUCUCGCUAGGCAAGCUCGGGUUGCCCUUGAACGUAUUCUCGGUUGCCUACCUGUGCUUCGCCAUCAUCUUUACCUUCUUCCCCACCGCCAACUACCCAACUCUCGUUGACAUGAACUGGUCCAUCUUGGUUUUUGGUGUUGUUGUGAUUUUCGCCUGCGUGCAGUACUUUGUUCAUGGACGUCGGAUCUACCAAGCCCCCGUCACUCAGGUCCGCAAGACCGACUAA